GUUGAACACUGCUGACCACUGCUGAACACUGCUGAAUACUUUUGAAAUAUAUUGAAAUAUAGAUCCGCGCACGUUCUGCGUUGCACAUGGUUGCACAUGUAACGAAAACAAAGCAUGAACCAGGUGGUACAGCGAGGACGCCAUAAACGCUGUCUACAAAAUUUACAUAAGAGAUUAUAGGCCCUGGCGUGUGUGUUCGCCGUGUUCGCAUUGUUUCAAGUCGAGAGAAAAAAAAUGUCUUGUUUGUUAUUUGAAUGAAUUAAUUAAUAAAAAUACACCUGUGUCCAGACUCCAGUGUCGAGAGAAGAUUCUUGAUGAAUUCCUGUCGGAUAAACAACACGCGAGAUAGACGGAUAUAUAAUAAAAGAUAGAAGAAAAGAAGAAUCGUCGAACAUGUAACAUGUGGAUAUAACCUCUUUUAAUUUACAAAGGGUAACCAGAAACGAGUCAACCACAUAAUGUACAAAAGUGAGAGGAGAGAGAGAAUUCAGAACACUCGCAAUCAUAUCAAGAUUUAUAAGAAAACUGGAAAAAUUUGAGAAAAGCAAACACUAUGAAUGCCCUUGCACGAUGUCCUGGAUUAUACUGUGGCAAAGAGUUGUUGCUGGAUGGAAACUGGAGCGAUUGUGGCGCUUGCCCACGUGGCUUCCGUACCAAUGCUUCGUCUGCAUGUGAACCCUGCGAGGAUGCGCCAAUAUUCUACGACUGGCUCUACUUAGGUUUUAUGGCCCUGCUAGCUUUAGUGUUGCACUGGUUCUGUAUCGAUAUGGUAGCCAUGCGUCGUAACAUACCCAAGGAAGUGAUCGCCCUUCACUUGUCUGCGUUGUUUGAAGUGAUCCUGGCAUCUCUCAUAGUUUUACAAGUCACAAAUCCUAUUGGAACGUUCAGUAUCAAAUCGUGCAAAGUGAAAAAGUUGUCAGACUGGUAUACUCUACUGCACAAUCCGAAUCCUAAUUAUGAAACAACUUUACACUGCACGCAAGAAGCAGUUUAUCCAUUGUACACUAUGGUUUUUGUGUUUUAUGCUUUAGGAAUAGUCCUUAUGCUUUUAAUAAGACCAUUAAUAGCCAGGAAGUUUUUGCCAAAGCAGGGCAAAUUCUCUAUUUAUGCAGCAUUGUAUUUUUAUCCAAUCCUCGCACUGCUACACGCCGUCGGGGGAGGCCUAAUAUAUUACUCUUUCCCUUACAUUACUAUUAUCUUGUCGGUGCUUUCGAAUGCAGCCCAUUUCGCGUUUAAACUGAAUCAAACGGUAAAAUCGUUGCUGUUGAGCUCAGUCUCAGAUAUAAAAAAUGUAAUCGUCAUUUUGGGCCAUUGGCUAUUACAUGGAUAUGGAAUAAUAGCGGUCGCGACUCUUCGUGGUAUAAGUAUUCAUCCUGCGAUGUUGGUCCUUGUUGUGUUACCAGCUUUGUUUUACAUUAUAACGGCGAGAUUCACCGAUCCACACAAGCUCCAUAUCGAAUAAAUCUUCCAAGCAAAUCUCUUAUACAUACUAUUUCCCGCAUAUGUACCAUCUUUAGGCUGUGUAUUUGUUAUAUAAUAAAAAUAAAAUCUUACGCACAUGUGUGUGAAAACAUUCAUGGCGUUAUCU